AUGAGUAACAUCGAACUCGAAACCUUUGUGCUGCCCCAAGCAAGCACAGCUCCUACAGCCGCCUUUGAGGCCCGUGAACGAGCAUCACCGCAGUCGGUGGAUGUAGAGGGCGAGCCGACGGCAGGCAGGCGACUGGGCCAAGACCUUGCGCCUGUAGAUGGAGGAGCUGCUGCGUGGAGGCUGCUCUGUGCUGCCUUUAUGUUCGAGACAUUGCUAUGGGGCUUUCCCCUUUCUUUCGGUGUUUUUCAAGAAUAUUACUCCAAUAUUCCGGAGUUUGCCAAUAAUCGCUACAUUUCCGUUGUUGGUACCAUAGCAUCCGGAUUUGGGUAUCUCGGAGCACCCUUCAUCAUGCCGUUUACUCAGCGCUAUCAGCGGUGGCAGCGGCAGAUGAUUUGGGUUGGCUGGCCGAUUUGUAUUGGCGGUCUCGUCUUGGGCUCUUUCGCAUCCACGUUGGAAGUGCUUAUUCUCACUCAAGGUGUGGCCUACGGUUUCGGUUUCCUAAUAUUCUACUACCCCAUCCUCAGCAUGGUCAACGAAUACUGGAUCGCGCGCCGUGGCAUGGCCUACGGAGUCCUCUGCGGUGCCUCUGGUGUUUCCGGUACUGUCAUGCCGUUCGUGCUGCAGGCGCUAUUGGCAAAGUACGGAUACAAGACGACGCUCCGCGCUGUUGCUGUGGCUCUCGCGUUGCUCACGGGACCGGUCAUUCCUCUCUUGAAGGGUCGGUUGCCGCCCUCGGAGAGGGCCAGUAUCCCCAGAAUCAACUGGACCUUUUUCCGAAGUCCUCUCUUUUGGGUAUACUCGGUUUCAAACCUGUUGCAAGGGUUUGGGUACUUCUUCCCUUCUCUGUACCUACCAUCUUAUGCAUCAUCCCUCAAGCUUGGCAGCAAGAGCGGCGCGCUCCUGCUCGCGCUGAUGAGCGUUUGUCAAGUCGGUGGCCAAUUCGUCUUUGGCCUGCUUUCUGACCGCAAAGUACCACUGGACAUUCUGGCUUGCUUGUCAACUGUGGUUGCAGCUAUUGCUUGCUUGACCACGUGGAGACUAGCGCAGUCGCUCCCAGUCUUGAUGAUCUUCGCCAUGGUAUACGGAUUCUUCGGCGCAGGGUUCACUGCCAUCUGGGCGCGGAUAAGCACCGCCAUAACUGAUGAUGUGACGUCAGGACCAAUGGUCUUUAGCCUGCUCAACUUCGGUAAAGGUAUCGGAAAUGUGCUUGCCGGACCUAUUGGUGGAUUUCUCGUUUCCAACUCAAAGCCCGCCGGAACUCCAUCAUCUUCGCCAUAUCAUUGGGUCAUCGUCUUCACCGGUGUAUGUAUGUUCGCGAGCGCUUGCGCCAUCUUCUUGCGACAUUUGAGACAGCUUGGUAUCUUGGUUUUCCGAUGA